AUAUGUACUUACUCCUAGUAAGGGUACUAAUACCAUGAUUCUGCUUUAUAUAGUGACUAUAUAGUCCAUGUGCAUGCUCUGCUGGGGUCUCUCGUUCUCACUGUACAGCAAACAUGAGCACCCCCAAGCAUCGGAAGGUGGACAGUGAAAAUCGCAUGUUUAAGGAACGUUGGGAGAUGGAUUAUUUGUUUGUAAAAACCAAAAAUAAACCCCAGUGCUUAGUGUGUUUCCAAAUAUUGUCUGUCUGCAAGGAAUACAAUGUAAAGCGGCAUUAUGUAUCUCAGCAUGAAUUCCAGUACUCCAAAUAUACCGGGGAUUUAAGGAUUGCAAUAAUAAAGGAGUUAAAAAGUAAACUGAAUAGUCAAGCCCCAGUGCCGGAACCAGCUCUAAACACAGAAAAGGCAGCUAUCAAGGCAUCAUUCCUCAUCUGCGAGGAAAUUGUAAAGAGGAAAAAAGCUUUCAGCGACGGAGCGUUUAUCAAGGAGUGCGCCGUCAAAAUGGCCCGUGCGUUUGGCAAUGAAGAAAUGGCAAAGAGUUUUGAAUCUGUAUCCCUCUCCCACCAAACUGUAGCCCGACGCAUUUCAGUCAUGGAUCAUUAUGUCAUACAGAAAGUUCACGAAGCCGUUAAGAACUGCACCUAUUUCUCUAUUGCAGUAGACGAGAACACAGACAUUACUGGUACCAACCAGCUCAUUAUUUGUAUCCGUACAGUGGACGAGGAUUUUAAUAUAUCAGAGGAGUUGUUACAUUUGACCCCAUUGCAAGGAGCUGGAAAAGACGAAGACAUUUAUGAGGAAGUGAAGACUGCUUUGGGGGAAUACGGUGGAUUUGAUAGGUGUAUAAGCAUUAUUACUGAUAGCGCCAGCUCCUCUGUCCUGAAAAACGCCGGCCUUACGGGCUUGCUAAGGAGAGAUGGCAUUGGCUGUCUGAUAUUUCACUGCAUCGUGCACGAGGAAGGUUUAGUAGGUACCUUAUUAAAAAUGUCUGACGUCAUGGAUGUUGUAAUAAAAAUUACCAAUUUGAUAAGAGACAAGAAAUGUGGCGUAACCCGCAGGAGAUUUAAGGCUUUGUUGGGAGAGCUUGAAGCGGCCAGUUGCGAGUUACCACAGAACAGAAACGUCCGAUGGCUAAGCAAAGGGAAUUAUCUCUAUACGUUCUUCAGACUUCGGAGGGAGAUUUAUUUGUUCCUAGCAGAAAUAAAGUCUGACCCUGCCUUGGAGAAACGUCUUUCUGACACGGACUUCCUCUGCUCCCUCGCCUUCCUAACCGACAUAACACAGAGUUUAAAUUUACUGAACACAAAUUUGCAAGAGAAGGAGCAGAACGUCAGCCAGCUCUACAAGCACAUUUCUGCUUUCAGAAACAAAUUGAUGCUGCUGAAAUUGAAUUUAUUAAGGAACGAGCUGCUCAAUUUUGAGUGCUGCAGUGAACUCUUUCAUGAAUUCAAAGAAAGUGGAACCAUCUUAGACUUUAACAGAUUUAUCCCAAAGAUUGAAACUCUUAUUGAGAACUUCAAUAGACGUUAUCAUGAGUUUAAUGAUCUGAACCCAAGUCUCAAAUUAUUCAAUAACCCGCUGACUAUUGAUAUAGUUUCUGCAGAUACACAUUACCAAAUGGAGCUGUGCGAAUUGCAGGCAGACUUAUUUCUAACAUCCAGAGCAGAAACGGCCAUCCCAUUCUUUAAACUGCUUCCUAGAGAUAGAUACCCAAAUUUAAAAGAUCUAGGAAUGAAAAUUGCCUGCAUGUUUGGCAGCACCUAUAUUUGUGAAAAGGCAUUUUCUGACUUGAACCAUAUAAAGUCAAAAUACAGGAAUAAUAUUUCGAACCGCACACUCCUACAAGCACUACGUCUGUCUACAACAAGUCUUAAGGUGGACAUAGACGAGUUGUUGUCACAACCAUCCCAUUAAAACUUGUCCUCUGAAUUCUUACAUACAAUAAACAAAUCCUGCCGGGUGUUUGUCCUUUUCAA